UUCUUAUUGCUAAGAAAUUCCAAAUGGAAUUUUCAAUCGGGGCAAGAUUACUCGAAUGAGAAAUUUGACUCCGAGAAAGCGUAACAGAUUUUGCGUUAAAAACCUCGACGCUCUCCGGUUUGAGGACCGAACAAAAUUAAGUACACUAUUUUCUUAACUUCAUCUCUAUUGUGGCGUGGAAAAUAAAAAUCCGGGAGACGCGAAGAACUGGACGUGCAGCGUCUGGUCAGUGUGGGAAAACCAGUUUAAUUUCACGGGGCGUUUGGCAAACGUAAAACUCUCGGAUUAUCCCCGACGUCUUUCUUCAGUAUCUCAUCGCAAUUAUUGCGCCGAGAGAAAGAAGAGGAGGAAACCCGAGCGGAAUGCGCGGGCUAAUUGUGGUAUAAGCUUGUUUAAAUAUUAAAUUGUGGUUACUCAGAGGAGGAAAAGGUCCCUUAUUACACGAUAUAUAAAUUUUACGCGAGCGUAAAAUUCCGCGUACUUCCUUUCAGACUACGCACCUUCUACAGCCUCAUAUUUCGCCGCGCUGAAAUGUCGGAGAAUACGCGUGUAAAUCUGCUUAUGAAUAUUCGGUUCUGAACGUGUACGCAGGAAGUAAGAAUCUAAUCUUGUGCCGCGACGGAUACAAUCGGUUAAGGAAGACCAUUACUGUUACGAGCCAACCGGGGGAAAGGAAGCCCACGCGACUUUUCGCCAGUGGGGUGGCUAAACGUGACCGUACCUUCGCCAGGUGCAACUCGGAGCUAUUCGGGUCUCUCUCGCGAGUUAGGCAUCCAUGGCAUUCCCGAUUUUAUGAAGUAUAUUACAGUGUUAUUGGGAACAGACCUGGGGACCGUGUCGAAGUUACAAAGUUCGAGCGCAUAACGUGAGGAACAUUGUACCCCGUAUGGAGGCUGAACGAUUCAGUUUCAACGACCGCGUUCUUUACCGCGCGCAGACAGAAGCCGAUUACAAUAGCGCGUGUAGCGAAGAGCGGAAUCCCCGCCUCAAGAAGACUCUACACCAGGGUGUCAAAGUCACGACCUGGUGAAAGAAGAGGGAAGGGAGAGUCGCGAGCUUUGAGAGGGCACGUCGGCCAUCGCGAGAGAACACCGUCGUCUUCACGCGGCUUCACCUGACGCUCGGAUUUGCAUUCACGCGUUCAUCCGACGGAGCGACUCGUCAAAUUGAAACCGACUGACGCGACGACUCGACGAGCAAUUUCUCCGCCCGAAUUCCCGAAUUCGAUCGAUGAAUUUGCGAUGCUGUGCGACAGAACGUCGCGACUCGAAACGGACCGCAAUUAAAUCGUUUUACGGCGUGUAAUUGCGCGCGGGCGAGAUACUAUGCCGAGGACGCAAUAAGAUCGAAGCAUGAGACUCGUCGUGUCGAUGAUCGUCGCCUGGCUAAUGGCAUCGGCGACGCCGGGCGCGUGCGACGCCGAGGACGCGGACGAUGAUUACCCGUCGCUCGCGGACGGCGAGGGCAGCUACGAGUACGCCAACGGGACGAAUUGCACCAACGACUACUGCAUCUCGGACGAGGACUACCUCGACCUGAUGAUGCAGCACAUAUCCCCGAAAUUCUCCUACUGGGUGCUGAUCGCCAUGCACAGCGUCGUCUUCGUGGUCGGCCUGAUCGGCAACGCGCUCGUCUGCAUGGCCGUCUACCGCAAUCACUCGAUGCGCACCGUCACCAAUUAUUUCAUCGUCAACCUGGCGGUGGCCGAUCUCCUCGUCCUGCUCAUCUGCCUGCCGCCGUCGGUCCUCUGGGACGUCACGGAGACCUGGUUCCUCGGAUUGAAACUCUGCAAGGCCGUGCCGUACCUGCAGACAGUGUCGGUGAGUAUCAGCGUUUUGACGCUGACUUUCAUAUCGAUCGACCGGUGGUACGCUAUAUGCUUCCCAUUGAGAUUCAAGUCUACGACAGCCCGAGCGAAAACCGCUAUCAUAGUCAUCUGGAUGAUAUCUCUACUUUUUGACGUUCCAGAAUUACUGGUGUUGCACACAGUGCCGUCAAACAGUAGAGUGCCAACUGUAUUAUUUACGCAGUGUGUUUGGUCGUGGAGCCGGGAAAGUCAAACUACCUUCACGAUUGUCAAAUUGAUCUUUCUGUACACGAUGCCGUUGCUUUUCAUGAGCGUGGCGUACUGGCAGAUUGUGCGCGUUCUUUGGAGAAGCGAUAUUCCAGGACACAAUUUGUCUACCAGAGUCUAUCAUUCGACUGAGAUUCCACUGUCCGGGGGUGGAAACCCGGAGGGUCAAUUAAGAUCUCGACGAAAAGCGGCGAAGAUGUUGGUCGCCGUAGUCAUCACAUUCGCGAUAUGCUUCUUUCCGGUGCACUUGCUUUCUAUUUUAAGAUGCACCAUGGCGUUACCGUCGAAUCAAUGGACGAUCGCCAUGAGCCUAAUCGCCCAUUGGCUUUGUUACUUCAACAGCGCGGUGAAUCCUGUCAUCUAUAAUUUUAUGAGCGGCAAGUUUCGCAAGGAGUUCAGGCGUACCUUCCGGUGUUCCCACAACGGCGGGACCGGCGCCCACAAACGGGGAUACGUCACGUGUAUCGCGGACCCGCUUAAACACAGGUCCCGAAAUUACACGAGAUCGGCUCAUACCAUGUCCAACAAUAAUAACGUUCAGCAAAGUACCGAGGUCAUACCUCUCAGUACCAUAAUCAACGUACCGCAAAACGAGAAACAGGAAUGAGCCUGGUUUCUCGUACCCUCAAACUACGCCAGACGUUCUUUUCCACGCAGACUUUCUGACCAAGUCGAAAUCUUUUCUCGAGAAAGAUGCAUCGAGACGUCCGCAGUGUCUCAAUAAUUAACAAGCGAAAGGCAACUGAACUUCCGUAUCAAGACUGAGAAAAACGAGCGAAGAUCGUUGAAAGUUGGUAACUUUGCGAUGAAUUCGCUUCGGCAUUUUCAGAAGAGAGAAAGAGAUCUGAAUUGAUCGAGGAAAAUUGUAGUUGUUGAAAGAACAUUUGGCGAGACGCGCUUUGUAUACCACAAUAAAGUAUAGUUCUCUAAAGUCAAUAACUCAGUAAUAUUCGUAGAGUAUAAUCAAGUCGUUCCAACGUAUCGUUUAAGUAAAAGCCUCGUUCAACGGAACUUUCCUCAAGUUUCGCUGAAUCGAGAUGAACCGAGUUACAUGAUAUUCAAUUAAUGUGUAAAUAGGCAAUUAUACAUACGAGUCCACACGACAUCACUGAGAUUUGCUGCUUUAAACAUUUUACUUUAUUAUACUGUAGAUAUAGAUGUAGAUAACAAUGUACAUCACAGAUCGAUAACUGAAGUUGGAGACCUAAAAAGACGCACGUCAAGAUUCAAAGGAAUAAACGCAAGAGUGUAAAUAUAAAGCGUCGCGUUCUACCUAUUCCGGCACUUAAAGCAUUCAGUUACGCUCCGUUUUCGUGUGUCACUUGCGAUAUUUAUUUUCCCUAUAAUACAUUUCGACAUAUCAAUCAAAAUAUAUCUACAAAGUUUAAUAAAGUGUACGUAAUCCUAACGUUUAAAGCUUAAAGUUAUUAUAUAAAGUUAUCACUAACGGUAUAUUAGUUUUUAUAAACUGUACAAUAUAUGCUACAGCGAAUGACGUGUUCUUUCUCGCUUCGUUUCCACUUAAAUUUACAUUUUUAUUGCGCAGAAGUGCCGUUCACCAUGUAUAAAUUCUCCUAUCGAGAACCUCUCGCAUCUGUUUCUCAUAGAAUUUUGUUUAAGGCUUUAACUUUGCAUAACUUUGCCGCAGUUAUACUCCUAGAUGUAAUAAUUGUGGCGAGUUCGAAACAAAAUUAUUUGAACGUUUCGUCUCAAUGCGCUCUUUCGCUGCUUUUAUUCACAAAAAUAAUUAUCUUACUUCAUUGAUUAAACACUCUAGUAUAUUCGAGUUAGAUCUUAGAGACGUAGCUUAAUAUCCCGAAAGAAGAAAAAAAAAGUACUUUAUAUUAUCUUUGUGACAACGGCCGACUUGUAUGUUAAUAGAACUUGCAAAAACGGCCAGUUUAUGAAACUUAAAACAUGUAAAUAAAAUAUAAUAAAAGAGAAUUCAUUGUGUAAUAUGGGAGAAAAAAC